CCGUUGCGAUAGACGCAAAAUUUGAAAACACGUGUGCGUGAUCCGCGGUCGGUCGUGACUUUUCUUUAAUAGAAAUAAUUGUAAAGUUUCGUGAGUGUAUUUCACUACCAAAAAGGUGAAAAUGAAAAGUACAACCUUGCUCUCUUUGGUGACGUUUGUCACCGUUCAGUGGUUUCCCGUGACCAGCGGCUUUGGAUUUGGUGUGCAGUUCAACAUGAGUGAGUAUUGGCAAAUGCCGGCCCUGUUUCAGUACGAAAGCAUCGAAGGCUGCCUCAGAUCAAAUCCGGCUGGGGUUUUCUGUGUUGUGAAAAGUGUGGUGAAACCCGACGACCGAUCAUUGAUUUGGAGAACUAUUGAAAAAUAUUCUCAAUAUCCGUAUCAAUAUCAACACAGUGUUCUAACCCGUGGAAUCUGCCUGGAGCAGUGUGAAGAAUUAGUGAAAACAUUGACCGAUCGGCAAAGGGUUCAGUUUUUGCAGGCAAAGUUCGAUGUGGAGUAUAGGUACAUAAUCAAUGAUUGGAUGCUGCCAAAUAUCCACAAUUAUAGACAUCAAUACGGUAGGCUAGUGAAUAUUUGUCAAAACUACCGAAUGCGGACUAAGUACAAUAUAAGCGUAUACUCAGAACUAGAACAUUGUACUACGAAUUCGACUAGAAGAACCGAUUAUUUGGAUAUCGUAUUCUACGCAACCAUUCUAUCACUUUUGCUGCUCACCAUCGCAUCUACCGUGUACGAUUCCUUGUCGGCGAAAGAUCACAAUCACUAUCGGAUGCCUUUGAAGGGUACAAAGGCUAACCUACUCACCGCCUUUUCCCUGAGACGAAAUAUCAAUCGACUCACGAUAAAACUGAAGACUGAUCCAAUCCAGCAGGACCUACGCUUCCUGGAUGCUGUUCGUGUACACAUAAUGAGCAGCAUCACUUUCAGUCACGUGGUUAUAGGACUGGGGAUGACUACCAGCCAGAACCCGGAGGUGAUGGAGAAGCUCCUCUCGAGACCCGGAGUACAAAUGUUCCUAUCGCUCGUCCCCUUCGAAGUGGAUGUGUUCUUCGCCAUCAGCGGCCUCUUACUAGCAGUUCAUUUUAUCAAAUAUACCGAAGGCAAGCGGUUCGGUUUCAAACCAUUCUGGAUGGGAGUGGUGAAUCGCUAUCUCCGAUCCUUGCCGGUGUAUGCUUUAGUAAUGCUAUUCAGCAUCUCGAUCUUCGAUCGACUACAGAUCAGUCCUUCGGCAUACAAAAUCAUGCCUAUGGUUAGGACGAUAUGCCGGGACAAGUGGUGGACUAAUUUGCUAUUUAUCAACAAUUAUUAUCGGCCCGGUGAACAGUGUCUAAUUCAUACAUGGUAUUUGGCGGCUGACUUCCAACUGUUCGUCACUGGACUGACGAUUCUGAUGGUGCUCUGGAAAUGCAAUAGUUUACUGCGACCAAUCACUUAUUUUCUUCUUAUUGUGGGAAUGGUUCUUCCGAUGGUGAACGUGUACUACAACUCAGUAGAUGCCAUGAUGCUGUUAAAUCUAAAGGGAAGCGCCUUCCAAAUGUGGUACGAUGAAUGGUUCACGCGAACCUAUCAGGCAACGGAAACGCACUGCCUGUGUUACUUUGCUGGAAUGCUAGUGGGGAUCAUCUAUCACAAAAUGCAGAAUGAUGACCUGCUGUUAGCGAAAUCAAAGCUGUAUAAAACGCUUCAGUAUCUCACAUUUCCCGUGCUGGUCCUAUUCUGCCUACCGGCUCCACUUUUCCAACAGUUCAGCUUUAGUAAACCUUCCGUGUGGAUGGCGCUGUACGCCGGAAUUCAUCGACUGGUGACAACUUGCUUCGUGAACGUUGGAUUCUUGCUGUUGAUGUUUGCCGAACGGGAUAGCUUUUUCGGGAAACUUCGGAUGUCCAGUCUGUUGGAGAAUGCUUUCUACCGGGUGCUUGGUAGGCUUAGCUUCGGUUUCUACUUGAUCCAUAUGAAUGUACUCAAAACAAUUUACGGUAACCACCAUGAAGCUUUGAGGAUAUCGCUCGGAUUGCUGAUCAGCGUAUUUUGUUCGGCUAUGUUAAUCACCUACACUCUAUCGCUACUGGCAUAUAUUUCGGUAGAAAAACCAUUCGAUAUUAUCUUCAAACAACUGCUGGGCAGUGGAACGAGAGACACAGAGGGAAAAGGAGGCCACACAUCCACAGUAUGCUCAAACACCACAACUACCACCAACAACAACAACAACAGCACCGGUAGCCUCGGUGACAUCGACCAUCUCAGCAUCAAGCGACGAACCCCAACUACGGCGCUCGAAGGGAUAUUGCCGCAAUAAACGCUUUAUUUGUAUGACGAUGAUUGAUAUUGUUAUAUAAUAGGCAACGAAUCGAUUAGCUAUCGGUACACCGUUAGUCGCAAAACUGUGAUUUUUUUCGGUCGUACAUAUUAGAUCAAUGCGAGCGAUCCAAUCUAGGUAGUAUUGUUUUAGAAAUUUUUCUUUAAUUAGAGUAAGCGAGCAGCGUGAAUUAAAAAAAAAAGCCGAAAACGAA